ACAGGGGCCAGGAGUCCUCAGACCAAUCCCAGCCAGACAGACCCAAGUACCAGUAUGAAGAAGGUCAUUGUACGGCGAGUCUGUAGGCUCAGUAACCGCGUUUGGUUGUUCGGAGCAGUCAUGUCGGAGCAGGAGUCUCUGAAGAGCUCCAGCGUGAGGAACCGCGGAGGAGUACAGCGAGUGGAGGGCAAACUGAGAGCCAGUGUGGAGAGAGGAGAUUAUUAUGAGGCCCAUCAGAUGUACCGGACAUUAUUCUUCAGGUACAUGUCACAAGCGAAGCAUGCAGAGGCCAGAGAGUUGAUGUACAAUGGAGCAUUGCUCUUCUUUAGUUAUAAUCAGCAAAACAGUGCUGCAGAUCUGUCCAUGCUGGAACUAGAGUCCCUGGAGAAAUCUGGGGCCAAAGUAGAUGAUGAGACACUAGAGCAUUUGGCUAAACUCUUCAGCCUGAUGGACCCAAAUUCACCAGAGCGAGUGGCGUUUGUCUCCAGAGCGAUCAAGUGGUCAUCAGGAGGCUCGGGGAAGUUGGGCCACCCCAAACUACACCAGCUGCUGGCGCUCACAUUGUGGAAAGAGCAAAACUACAGUGAAUCACGCUAUCAUUUUCUACACUCAUCUGAUGGAGAAGGCUGUGCACAGAUGUUGGUGGAGUAUUCAUCAGCGCGAGGAUUUCAUGGAGAGGUGGACAUGUUUGUAGCACAGGCCGUCUUACAGUUCCUUUGUUUAAAAAAUAAGACAAGCGCAUUGGUGGUGUUCACCACAUACACACAGAAGCACCCGUCUAUAGAGAAGGGUCCUCCGUAUGUGCAGCCUCUGCUGAACUUCCUGUGGUUCCUCCUGCUGGCUGUGGACGGUGGAAAGUUGACAGUCUUCACAGUGUUAUGCGAGCAGUAUCAGCCAUCACUGAAGAGAGACCCUAUGUACAAUGAGUAUCUGGAUAGAAUAGGACAACUGUUUUUUGGAGUGCCACCUAAACAGUCGUCAUCAUAUGGCGGUUUGCUAGGUAAGAAACCUCGCUACCUCUGUGUGAAUACUGGUCAUGAUUCAUGAUAUUACAUGCUAAAGCAGUUAGGGACAAUGAAUGACAGUCAGUGAUGCACAUCACCAAGGCUUGGCGCUACACCAAAUUGUUCAAAAUUGAACAAAACACCACAGGUUUCA